UCUAUUCACUUUGUGUCCUGACAGUUACUGGUCCACUUUCUCCUUUAACCAACGAAUCUCCACGCGCUUUUUACCCUCACCGCGCGUGGACCAAUAACCAACCCUUCACUCUUUUCUUGUUUUCUUCCUCAAAAAAUAUUCUCUACUCAACACAAUCUUCUUGUUGUUCCUCUUUCUUUACUCUGAGAGAGAGGAGAAGAUGAAGGCACCAAACAUGGAGACGAUAACAAAAUCUCUUGAGAAGUCAAUGCAGAAUUUUUCUCUAAGUGAUCGGAGAAGAAGAGGUGGAGACAGGUUUGGAAGAUCGUUAACAACCGAAGAGAGCAACGAACAUGUUCCUCCCAUUUCAGACAGAACACUGGAGCUUAAUUCUCACUUAUCUCUUCCUUGUCACUGGGAACAGUGUCUUGAUCUUAAGACAGGAGAGAUUUACUACAUAAACUGGAAAAAUGGAAUGAGAGUGAAAGAAGAUCCAAGGAAAGUGAUGAUGAAUGCAGAUAAUGACAGUGGAGAAUCGUGUGGGACAUUCUGCUCUGAAGAAGAUAGCUCAUAUUACGACAGUGAGGAGUCUUCAUCAGAGUCAUCUCCAUCAUCAAGAGAGAAUCAGAAAGAGGAAGAGGAUGAAGAAGAAGAAGAAGAGGAAGCUGUGCUCGUUGUUGCUGGAUGCAAAGCUUGUUUCAUGUACUUCAUGGUUCCCAAGCUUGUCGAGGACUGUCCCAAAUGUGCUGCACAGCUUGUUCACUUUGAUCGAUCUCAUUCUAAUUCUCCUUGAAACGUCUCUCUUUGUUUUCACUUUUUCUUUCAGUUAUCGCUUUUAAAUUCAGAUGAGAAUUUGCUUAGGGUUUCCUCUUUCUUUAAUCGUAUGUUGUUGUAACUUAAUGGUUAAUUCUCUUGUGAGUGGGCAUUAACGACUGGGUUUCAAUGGCAAUAUUUAAGACGGUAUUAUGUUAAAAUGUGUUGGAAAAAUUAUGUUAAAAUGUAUUGGCAUUUACAUGAUAAUUGUGUUGUGUUUGCCUAUUCUAAUCUGAAAAG